ACUUUCCAAGGAGUCAGGGUCCUGCCGCUAGAGUAGGUCCUUGUCAUUGGCAAGAGUUAUAGAACUACGGCAAAGUCGAUCAAAAACAGAGCGAGAGAACGGCAAGCCUUACGCGGGGACUUUUCUUCCCCAUGCUGCCAGGUCAAAGGAUGGUAAAGCUGUUAAAGCUGGCGUGCUAGAAUUUCAAGGUUUGGCGCGCAAAUGGCGCACAAACUUCUCAGUGGCGGUCAAUUGGACGCACAAUCGGGAUAUGCCAAGUCAUUGUUUCUUGCGGCAUUAUCGCGCUUCCUGAAUCUUCUUUUGAAAUACAUAACUCAUUGCUUUGAAAUCAGCUUGGAUAAUAGACAUAUAAGAUCUAGGUCUUCUAUGAAGGACACCCUCAGAUAUACAUUCACCGUACCAUACUUGCAUCUACAAUUAUGGCUCCUACUGAGCAGCGUUUGCUACCCGACUCGAGGUUUACAACCAUCUUGGUGAACAACCUCCAUUGCCCCUCGUGUGUUUCUACAGUGAACGAUACCCUAUUUUCUCUUAAUCCACCCCCUUUCUCCGUGUCGGUGUCCAUCGUCCUGCACGAGAUUAAGAUUGCGCAUCCCAUUGAUCUAAGUCCAUCACAAAUGGUGCAUGCCCUAGAAGACGCCGCCUUUGAUAUUGACAGCGUUGCUGAAUCCAGCGAUUCCACAAGCGGUGGCCCUGAGAGUGUGGAGAGUCUUUCAGCGUGGCGCUCAACCCCUCCAUCAACCGUCGGGCCCUCCUCCGGCCUGGAUCCUCUGCAGGAGUCAGAAAAGCAUAUCCGGCAAUGUAAUGCAUGUUCUGUACAGCUAGCGACGCAAUCAUCCAACUUGAGGGACGAUCUGCCGGAUAUGCAAAAUAACCUCGGCCCGGUCGCCGAGUCCAGCAGCCCCGGAGACGACCACCUGGUAUCUGUCGUCAACGACCAUCUGUCGGAAAAGCGCAUCCGCGUCACACUAUCGAUCAGUGGGAUGUCUUGCAGUUCGUGUGUCGGGAAGAUUACCAACGCUUUGAAUAACCAACCAUGGGUUCAGUCGGCCGACGUUAAUCUACUGACUAGCAGCGCGGUGGUCGUUCUCCUGAACCAGUCGCGUGUGGACGAAGCACUAGAGAUAGUCGCAGGCUCCGGCUAUUCCGCCAAGCUCAUCAAUUGUCAAGAUAUUUUGCCCAAGAGGCACUCGAAACCGCCAGUGUCCGCCGACAUGUGGCAAGCCUCCUAUGUUAUUGGAGGCAUGACCUGCAGUUCCUGCAUUAAGACAGUUACAGACACGCUCAACUGUUACGAAUGGGUUAAAAAAGUGGACGUGAAUCUUGUUUCAGGGGGUGCGACAGUCGAAGUUCAUGGCAAGGAGCAUCUGGAAGAGGUCGCCGCCAUCAUCAGCGACUUGGGGUAUCCCGCUAAACUCGGCAAUGUUGAGGGUAGAGCGGCAUCCGACCAACGAGCCUUGAACCGGUCCGUCACUAUCCAGGUGGACGGGAUGCAUUGUCCAAACUGCCCCCAGCGAAUUUUAGAUGCUCUAGCCGUGUUUUCCAAUAGGCUCCAGGUGACGGAGUCUCCUCGAAAGGGACAUCCGCGGCUCACUAUAGCAUAUACCCCAGACGGGCCCGAUUUCACCAUUCGGGAUAUCUUACAUGCGAUCGCACAGGUGGAUAAGGCUUUCAGGGUCUCUAUGUACCAUCUCCCUAGUCUCGAGGAGCGCUCCCAUAUGAUGCAACGUCGACACAUGUGGCGCAUCGCCCGACGCCUGCUGCUUUCGGUGUUGAUUGCUAUUCCAACGUUUAUUAUUGGGAUCGUCUAUAUGUCUUUAGUACCCCGAGACAAUCCCGGGGUCAUGUACCUCGAGCAGCCCAUCUGGGCCGGUCAGGUCUCACGCAUGGAAUGGGCGUUGUUUAUUAUGGCAACCCCGGUUUACUUCUUCGCAGCGGAUCUGUUCCACCGUCGGAUGAUGCGCGAACUUGUGGCACUGUGGCGGCCAGGGAGCAAGACCUCAAUCCUCCGCCGAUUCUACCGUUUUGGCAGCAUGGAUAUGCUGAUGUCUCUGGGUACUACCGUCGCCUACUUUUCCUCCAUCGCUAUUUUGGGUAUCAAUGCCACUCAGCCCGUUGACGGCCACAGAGUCACCCAUGUUGAGUCAUUCUUCGACUCUGUCGUUUUCCUCACAAUGUUCCUCUUGAUUGGUCGAUUGCUCGAGGCUUACAGCAAGGCUAAGGCCGGAGAUGCCGUCAGCUUACUAGGCAAGUUGCGUCCGACGACGGCGGUUUUGGUUGCGUCGAAGAGGAUAGAGCACUCUUCCCCAUCUGCUGCUACACCGCAGACAGUCCCGAUUGAUCAGCUGGAGCUUAAUGACGUGGUCAGUGUGGCAAAUGGUGCCUCUCCACCGUACGACGGUAUUGUUGUUGAAGGGAGUUCACAGUUUGACGAGUCGAGUUUGACAGGCGAAUCAGAGCCGGUCUCCAAAUCCGUCGGCGACGAGGUCUUUUCGGGGACAACUAACCGGGCAAAUCCCGUUCUUGUACGCGUCACCCGUCUCUCUGGUGACUCGAUGCUGGACCAGAUCAUCAGCGCUGUUCGCGAAGGACAGGUUCGGAGAGCACCAAUCGAGCGCACCGUAGACCUGAUCACGGGCUAUUUUGUUCCCGUUAUUACCCUUAUCGCUGUCCUGGACUGGAUAAUCUGGUUGUCACUAGGUAUCUCCGGCCGCUUGCCGACGUCCUGGCUGGAGGGCGAGGCCGGUGGAUGGGAAUUCUGGUCGUUGCAGUUCGCUAUUUCAGUCUUCGUUGUUGCUUGUCCAUGUGGGAUUGGACUUGCAGCCCCGACCGCACUGUUUGUCGGCGGAGGGCUUGCUGCUCAGCAUGGAAUUCUAGUUAAAGGAGGGGGGGAAGCGUUUCAAGAGGCUAGUCAGCUAGAUUGCAUUGUCUUUGACAAGACAGGCACGAUUACUGAAGGUGUCCAGCCGUCAGUCACCAACCACAAAACCACCCAUGAAGAAUACAUUGAUGAGGUUUGGGGCGCGGUGGUAACACUCGAGCAGAAAAGCACUCACCCGAUUGCUCAGGCGAUGGCGUCCUUUGCUGACUCCAAGAGACCGCCGGCCCUCACAGCCUCAGCUGCUGACGAGAUUCCCGGAAAGGGGAUGAAGGGAUCCUUCCCUCUUCGUCACCGGCCGUCGUCUACUCUUGACAUUAUUGUUGGCAACGAGGCCUUAAUGCUUGACCAUGAUAUCACUAUCUCGUCUGCGAAUGCCGCCAUCCUUACAGCUUGGAAGCGCGAGGCCAAGUCGGUCGUUCUAAUCGGAACCAGAGUCCGAGAAGAACCCGGAGAUAUGGCAAAGGUGCACUGGGUGCUUUCUGUGAUGCUGGCUGUAGCUGAUCCCGUCCGGUCAGAGGCCAAAGAGGUCCUGCAGGCUCUUCGCAGUAGGGGAAUUUCGGUUUGGAUGAUUUCAGGAGACAACCCAACAACGGCUCAUGCAGUUGGUAAAAUGGUCGGAAUCUCCUCGAAGAAUAUCAUCGCCGGAGUUUUGCCUGAGCAAAAGGCAGAGAAGAUACGAUAUCUCCAGAAGACGGUGCCGAGACCCUCCAAGAGGAGAUUAUUCCACUGGGGGAGAGAACCAAGGCGCACCCGACCACUUGUUGCUAUGGUUGGCGAUGGAAUUAAUGACUCCCCCGCGCUGACAGUGGCUGACGUUGGUAUUGCAAUCGGAUCUGGCUCAGAGAUUGCAAUCUCGUCGGCGGAAUUCGUCCUCAUAUCUUCUAGCCUGACAUCGCUCCUGACUCUUAUUGAUCUUAGUCGCAUUGUGUUCAACAGAGUCAAGUACAACUUCUGUUGGGCUCUAGUAUACAAUUGCAUCGCUAUCCCGGUGGCUGCUGGUGUCUUCUACCCCAUUGUGAGCAAUGGCAAUCACAUUCGGCUGGACCCUGUUUGGGCUAGUUUGGCGAUGGCAUUGAGCAGUGUCAGUGUUGUUUGCAGCAGUCUGUUGAUGAGGACUCGACUGCCGUUGGUUGGUUUCACGUCAAAUAAAUAGAGAACCGGGGUCAUGCUCGGACUUGUUUCACGUUUAUUCUUCUUUUGUGUCAUUGAAAAGACCGGCCAUCCUGAGAAAGAUUUGAGUGAAGGUUCCCGUGCUAAUGACCUUUUCCCUGGCCGUUGCAGUGUCCAAUUUAAUAUGCUGUAACCUUCCACCAUGGAACUAGCCUACAGCAAGCUUGAUGAGUAUGUCAGGACGCAAAGUAUCUGAGCGGUAUCAAUUCAGAAGCAUCGCAAUAUGUCUGCAG